CCGUUCCACGACGUCACGUGAGUUUGUGUUGACUGGCUCGUCGUGUCAGGGCUUGCACGUGAAGCUUCAGAGUAUUUUCGUUGAAAUGUUUUGAACAUGUGUUAACGCCAUGUGUCCCCUGCUGGAGCACGUGAGCAGCUGUCUUCUCUCGCGCGUCAACAUCGAAGCUGUGGUGCUUUUGUUGCUCGUCUAUUAUUUAGUCAAACGGUGUCGGGACCGGGACAAUAUUCCUCCAGGACCGAGACCUUGGCCGGUGGUGGGAAACUUCGGCGGCUUCCUCGUCCCGUCCGUCCUGCAGAGGAGGUUCAGGCGACACCGCGGCAGAGCCGAGGUGGAAAACCCCGUGGUCGCUUUGACGGAACACGCCAACGUUUACGGCAACGUGUUCAGCCUUUUUGCCGGGACUCAGCUGAUCGUCGUGCUCAACGGUUAUGAAGUGGUGAAAGAUGCUCUUUCCAACCGUCCCGAGGAAUUCUCUGACAGACCGGACAUCCCUGCUGUCACCAUCAUGACCAAACGCAAAGGGAUAGUCUUUGCACCGUACGGGUCCACAUGGAAAAAACAACGCAGGUUCUGCCACACCAUGCUCCGAAACUUCGGCCUGGGGAAGUUGAGCGUUGAGCCUUGCAUCCAUCAAGGCCUAGCUACCAUCAAAACAGAGCUGCUGCGGCUGAAUGAGGAGUGUGGUGGCGCCGGUGUGGACCUUACUCCACUCAUCCGUAAUGCUGUGUCAAAUGUCAUCUGCUCAAUGACUCUGGGUCAACGCUUCCAUCAUGAAGACCACGAGUUCCGCUUGUUGCUGGGCCUGAUGGACCGCGGGCUGGAGAUUUGCGUCAACAGCCCGGCGUUCCUCAUCAACAUCUUUCCGCUUCUCUACUAUUUGCCUUUUGGGGUCUUCAGAGAGUUGAGGCAGGUGGAAAGAGACAUCACAGUGUUUCUGAAGGACAUUAUUACCAAACACAGGGAAACCUUAGAUCCUGAAAACCCGAGGGAUUUUGUAGACAUGUAUUUAUUGGAGAUGAUGUCGCAGCGAGCGGCUGGACAAGAGGACAGCAGCUUCACAGACGAUUACCUCUUUUAUAUAGUUGGAGACCUCUUCAUUGCUGGAACUGACACUACCUCUAAUUCACUUCUGUGGAUUCUGCUCUACAUGGUUCUCUAUCCUGAUAUUCAAGACAAGGUCCAGGCAGAGAUUGAUGAAGUGGUGGGGAAACAUCGGGUCCCAUCUCUGACUGAUAAGGGAAGUUUGCCCUUCACUGAAGCCACUAUCAUGGAGGUGCAGAGAUUAAUGGUAGUGGUUCCUCUGGGUAUUCCACACAUGGCCUCCAAGACGACAGAGUUCAGAGGCUACACUAUUCCCAAAGGAACAGUUAUUUUGCCCAAUCUGUGGUCUGUCCACAGAGAUCCCUCCGUGUGGGACGACCCAGACAGUUUCAACCCGGCACGUUUCUUGGAUGAUGAUGGAAAGUUGUUCAGGAGAGAGUGCUUCAUACCAUUUGGGAUUGGACGUAGGGUGUGCAUGGGUGAACAGCUGGCGAAGAUGGAGCUGUUCCUGAUGGUUACCUGCUUACUGCAGGCCUUCAAGUUCAGACUUCCUGAGGGAAAACCUCCUCCUCCACUUCACGGACGCUUUGGCCUCACACUGGCUCCCUGCCCGUUCACUGUGUGUGUGAGCACUCGUACUUGAAGACUUGAACUGAUUUUACUCUAAAACCAGGUUUCCUUAUGCAAAUCCACUUGAUAAAGGGCGGUGGAUACGGUGAUACGAUUUGUUAUCAUGUCUGUAUUAUUAUAUUAAUUUAUCAAUUUUAAUUUUGUAUAUUUCACAUCAGACAUUCAUUGUGCCUAUAAUAUUUUAAAAGUAAUGGUAAGUAAUGACGAUACAUAUUAGAAAUGCUUGUCCAGUGUGAUGUUUUAUACUGAUGUGUUACUUUUGCGAGGAUAAAAGGAAAUGUUCAUCCGUAUACCGUAUAUUAUUAUUUAAUCCAUCAUCAUCAUCCUCCACUUAUCCGGGGCCGGGUUUAAUCCAAUUAAUUUUAUUUGUACAGCGCUAAAUCACAGUAUAAAUUAUAACUGAGCACUUUACUUGGUAAUGCCAAGACAUUAUGAUAUGAUGGAGAGAAAGAGAAACAAGAAAAUCACUAAACAACUGUAAGGAGGGAGAGAAGGAAGUGAGGAAACACUAUCAUGAAACUGAGGGAAAACUGGAGACUAAAACAGGAGGUAAACGAGAAAUGAAGAACAUAAGUAGUAACAGAUGAAAUGGAAUGAAAUAGAUCAGUGUUUGUGAAUCAGUGCUUCAAAUAAGUGAGUAAACAAAUAACCAUGAAUUUAUGAGGUUAACGUCUGUUAGAUUCCUUUGACUUUAGAUAGAGAGCUGCUAACUGUCAGAAUCAUGAUCACUUGACAUGUAACAGUUUAAAAAUACAUUCCCUCACUGACAGUGACAUGUAGAUUGUUGGCAAUCUCAGGUUAAAUUAUUUUAAUGUAAUUUGUUGAUGUGUCUAGUUUUGUCCACAUUUAAGAAGCUGAGACGAUCAGAAAUAUUGUUUUAAUUAUGAAAAAAGCCUCAAAUUGAUUAGCAAAAUGGUUGACGAUUAAUUUAGUAAGAUUUCAGGCACAGAAUUUUCCUUUCUUUACCCCGGCUCGGUCCAUUCUGUCCGUUUGUGUUAUUAUAUCUAAUGUUUAAACGUCUUCUUCUCUGUUUUGUUUUUUGUAACGUCAAAUAAAAUGCAUUGAAUAAAGUUCUGUCCUGACAUCUUUAA